CAAAAAAGUUCAGCCAGUAUUAUACUCUCUACACACUACAUAUAUAUAUAUAUACAAUACAGUACCAGACAGUACUCCUUACUGUAGCAGACUGUAGUGUAGAGUGUACAGAGAGAAAAGAGCUCUCUGGUCUGGUGUCUGGUGGAGAGAGAAAAUAUUGGUAGCCAUUUUGUGAUUAUUGGACGAGAGAAGCAGAAUCAGGUGAGAGGGACAGAAAGAGAGAGGGUACUCUUGUCCAGGCCCCAUCAUCUGCUUCCCCGACAACGACCAUCAUCGAGGCCACUGGAUCCAAGAUGGACCAAGAUUCAAACGAUGUGAUGGACGACUCGGCAUACAUACCGCCAGCCCCGUCGCCGCCGAAGCUUAGUGCCACCGACGUUUACAAGAGCAAUAACCGCAAUCGGAGAUCUCCUACGCCUGACAGACGCCGUAGGUGGCGCAGCGGAAGUCGCUCGAGGUCGCCGCCAUCGAGGUCUAGCCGGCGCUCGAGGUCUCGCGAUCGUGAUAGGGAAUACCCCAAAGAUAACGAUUACCCGAGAGAUAAAGAUAGAGAGAGGGAAAAAGAUAGAGAUAGGUACGAUAGGGACAGAGACAGGGAGUAUUCAAAGGAAAGGGACAGGUCCAAGAAGCGCUCCAGAAGGUCUAGAUCACGAUCAAAUUCAAGAUCCCGAUCUAGGAAUAGAAGAGGUAGGGACAGACAAGACAGGAAUUACAAUAGAAACAAGUACAAUAAAAACCAGAACUCGAAUCAUGCAGGGGGGUAUGGCGGUAGUUCGUUUAUGCCAGCUGUGGCACAGCCUAUAAUCCCAGUGCAAUCAAAUGCCUUCAAAAACGACGGUAGUUUCAUGGAAAUGUUCAAGAAAAUGCAAGAACAGAUACCACAACCAGAGCCUCCAUCUGUACCUACUGUCCUUGAAGAAAAGCCUGUAGCUCCUCCACCACUGAUGGUUGGUAAGCGAAGGGGUGGCAGGAUACUCAAGACGGGUGUAGUUGUCAAGCCUAAGACUGAACAGCAGAUAGAACAGCCCAAGGAUGCUUGGUCACUGUACAUGGCUGAGGUGAAAAAAUAUAGAGAGGUCUGCUGCCAAGAGGAGGACAACACAAGACCUCUGGUCAAAUAAUACUCCACAGUGAUGUGAAUCCUGAAAAAAAAGUGCUAAAAACUAUUUAGUGAUUUCUGGAUUCCAAGUUAUUAAAUGACUAUAUGCAGCUCUUACAUAUGACAUUUGUUUAGGAGUCUAGUGAUUUGUCAGUUUUUUAUUUUUUAUUUAGUUUAUUCUAGAGUUAUAAUCAUUAUUUUGGAGAUUUAUCCAUAUAAGUGUAGGUACCCUAGUUAUUAGUAGGGUAAUUUAAGCAUUAAACGUUUUGCAAUUCAUGUAAAUACGUACAUAUGACAUUGAGAUGUGCCCUUGCUUUUGUAAGUAAAAUUUUGCUCAUAUUACCGAUUCCAAUUGUGAUUAGCUGUGUACUUCAAAUGUUGUUCUAAUUGAUGCAAUACUUAAAAAUAUUGAUGUUGAAGUCUUAGCUUGCUUAUACUUAAUCCUAAAUAUUUCAAAAGCUUGUCCUAGUAAUCAGAUUGUUAGUUAAUGUCCUCAAACGAUGGAAU